GAGAGAAAACCGUUAUUCGCCAUCUCCAUCUUCAAUCGCAGAAUUAGGGUUUUACCGAACAAUAUUCACAGCACCAUUGUCACGACUUUAUCAUGGAGUUCUAAUCCGAACUCCAACACUCCCCAACAACCACAUUCGCAGCUUAAACAUGGACAGCGACGAAGAAGAUUUCGUGUUCUAUGGAACGCCGAUAGAGCGAGAAGAAGAGGUCACCAGCCGUAAGAAGAAAGCGGUUGCUGAGGCUUCUCGUCUUUUGCGAACCCUUCCCCCUUGGAAACAAGAGGUAACAGAUGAAGAAGGGAGGAGAAGAUUCCACGGAGCAUUUACGGGAGGUUAUUCUGCUGGUUACUACAAUACUGUGGGUUCCAAAGAGGGCUGGAUUCCGCAAACAUUUACAUCAUCCCGGAAGAACAGAGCUGAAAUCAAACAACAAAGUAUUUUGAACUUCCUGGAUGACGAUGAGAAAGGGGAAAUGGAAGGCCAUUCUUUGGGCACAUCUAUGAAGUUUGACACAUUCGGUUUUACGGCUGCCGAAAUUGCUCGUAAACAAGCUGAGAAGGAACAACAGCAAAGACCAUCAAUUAUUCCCGGGCCUGCUCCCGAUGAAUUAGUUCUCCCAGCGACAGAUUCUAUUGGUGUAAAGUUGCUGCUGAAGAUGGGAUGGCGGCAUGGUCAUGCAAUAAAGGAUUCACGAACUAAUUCAUUGUACGAUGCUCGUAGAGAAGCUAGAAAAGCUUUCCUGGCACUUUCUUCAGAUGAUACAGCUGCACAGCAUACUGCCUCUGAGGAUGUUAAGGGCGACCUUGGAAAUAUUGUGGAACUACCUAUGGACAAUGAUCAUCAGUCUCCACAUAGUACACCUGUUUAUGUACUUAACCCGAAACAGGACUUGCAUGGUUUAGGCUAUGAUCCGUUCAAACAUGCUCCUGAAUUCCGAGAGAAGAAAAGAUCUCGCUUGCAUGAGGAUAAGGAGCUGGCAAAUAGGAAACCUCUAUCCAUAAAGGACAAUCUUUUUGCUUUUAGAUCUGGAAGGGUUGCUCCUGGUUUUGGUAUUGGGGCGCUUGAAGAACUUGAUGCUGAAGAUGAGGAUGUCUAUGCAUCUGGUUAUGCCUUCGAAGAAACUUAUGUCCAAGAAAUUGAAGAGCCUACGAAUCAGGGUGUUGAAAAAACAAAAAAGCGGAGUGGAAAAGAACAGGGUGUUCUUCCUGGUUUUAAGUUGGCAUCAAAUUCUGAUUACCAGUUGGAAAGAUUCGAUCUGCCAGUCAUUCCAAAGGAUUUUGUACCCUGUCACAAAUUUCCUGCGCUUCUUGACAUGAACACCAAAUUUUCUGAUGGCCCUCCCCCAGAGAUUCCUCCUCCGGAGGAUAAUAAUCUGAAGAUCUUGAUUGAAGGGGUUGCUGCUAUAGUAGCACGCUGCGGUAAGCUAUUUGAGGAUCUCUCGAGGGAGAAGAAUCAGUCAAACCCGUUAUUUUCUUUCCUGAACGGUGGAGACGGCCAUGAUUAUUAUUCAAGGAAGCUUUGGGAGGAGCGUCAGAAGCGUAAUGAUAGCAAAAAGCUGGAGUUGGAUGGAAAAGUGGUUCCGAGCAUCCAGAAGAUGACAGCAGAGAGCCGUGGGAAGAUCUUAGGAGAAAGACCUCUUGAAAGAAGCUCCAAAGAUUUGAGCUCGGCUUCCACAUCUUCCAAUGUUCAGCUCCAAUUUCAUCUCUCAGAUACAUUCACUAAACCUGAAUCAUUUAAUGAAGUCCCGGAUGUGGCUAAACCUUUCGGAGAUGAUCCUGCUAAACAAGGAAGGUUUGAGCAGUUCCUCAAGGACAAGUACCAUGGAGGGCUUCGGUCUAAAGAUUCUAGUGGAGCGAGUAACAUGUCAGAAGCUGCUCGAGCUCGUGAGAGAUUGGAGUUUGAGGCUGCAGCUGAGGCAAUAAGGAAGGGUAAUUGGGGAAAGGAAACUAGUCAUUCCGAUCAACAGAUGUGGGAUAUGCCCACAACUACCAGUUUGCAGUUUACAUCCGCAGGACUAGAGAAAGUUGCUCAAGUGGAAGAAUUAAUGAAGAAAAUGUAUCCAAAGCGUGAAGAGUUUCAGUGGCGGCCUUCACCUAUUCUUUGCAAGCGGUUUGAUAUUCUGGAUCCAUAUAUGGGGAAGCCGCCACCACCUCCGCGUUUGAGGAGUAAAAUGGAUUCUCUCAUAUUCCUACCAGAUUCAACUAAACCUGUGAAGGUUGAAGAAACUGCUGCAGCAUUUACGGAUUCAUUGUCUGUGCCCCCACCAGGUAGCGAAGAUAUUACCUCAAAAGAAGCUACUGGGGAAUUUCAGAAUGAUGUGGAAGUUGAAAAUGUUGAGAGGCCAGUUGACCUCUACAAGGCAAUAUUCUCUGAUGAUUCAGAUGAUGAAGAGGAAAACUCUAGUCCCAACCAAGUUGAGGAUCCCGAAAAAAAAAUUGGAGCUGUUAGUACAACUUUAAAUCGCUUAAUAGCAGGUGACUUUCUGGAGUCGUUGGGUAAAGAACUAGGUUUGGACGUUCCUCCUGAUCUUCCAAAUUCGGAAAACAAAACUAGGGUGUCAGAGAGUCAGAAGGACACUGUUAAUUCCAAGAAGGGAAAUGUCAACACCCUCGAAGUUGAAAACACCUUAAUCGAGACUCUUUCUUCUGAGAAAAAUAGAUCUGGUAAAGUUGAACUUGGAAAAAGGGCUCAAGUGGAUAGACACAGAAAUCAGAGCAGCCGUUCACCGGUAGAUGAAAGGAAUAGAAAGCACUCUAGGCGUGAUCGGCAUAGAAGUAGUAAUGACAGUGAAACUACUUCAUCUGAAGAUUAUCAGGACCUGCACCCUUCAAGGUCUAAAGGGAGAGAGAAGGGAAGCUCUAGGGGAAAGAGAAGAAAACACUCGAAGCAUCGUAAGCAUGAGAGAGGGGACUCUCUCAGCAGAUCUUACUAUGGCUCUGACAAAGAACGAGGAGACGCCAAGAGGGAGAAACAAAGGUAGAGAAGGAUUUGAAUUUCUCUUACAAUCCAGUCCCAAAUUUGAGAUAUUGGCAUGAAAGAAAUUGGAAUUCAAAAUCUUCACCGAACCCAGGAACUCAAAGUACAAAGUAUUGUUACGCGACCAUUGAGCCGGCUGCUGUGGUCUUGCGAAGUAUUUUGGAGUAUUACCGAUUCUCAAUCAAUGCAUGAAAAAAUGGUUACAACAGUGUGUAUACAAGACCAUUGCCGAUCCUUUUGGAGUUUGCUUGAACAGAAAUUGCAACUAACUCUUCGACUCUUUCUCAGAAGUGAGCCAUAGUUUGGAUGCUUAGCAAAACUGUUGCCGAGAGCUUUAGACUUUGUGUUGGCAUGUCAGGUUUGCCGAGAGCUCAAGCUUUGUGAAAAUAAUAACCAUAGGCGGUAAUCGUGUUGAAUGUAUAAUGCAGGCAGUUGCUUGAUAGGUACAUAGUUGCGAAAUACUCCGAGAUAUAAGAUUCAAAAGAAUAGAUAAAUCUCAGGGAUACUACUUUAUUCACCCUGUUUUUUAUUUUAUUUUUAUUCAGAUUUGUUUGUGCCGA